AUGACGUGUGAUGUAAUCGAGGUAACGACGCAGCGUGGGAAGCGGGCGGAGGAGAGCGGCAGGAAGCAGCAGGAGAUGGAGAUGGAGGACAAGAGCGAGAGGAGGAGGGCGGUCCGGCCGACCCCCCCAAUCAAUCACACAACAACUACUGUUGUUCUAAGGAAGCUGGGAGGGAGUCUGGACGCCCCCAUCCAAACCCUUCCUGCACCCCCCUACACCCUCCCUGCACCCCUCUGCACCCCUCCUGCAUCCCCCUGCACCCCUCUGCACCCCUCUACACCCCUCUACACCCUCCUGCAUCCCUCUACACCCCUCCUGCAUCCCUCUGCACCCUCCUGCACCCCUCUGCACCCCUCUACACCCCUCUGCACCCUCCUGCACCCCUCUGCACCCCUCUACACCCCUCUACACCCUCCUGCACCCCUCUCCACCCCUCUGCACCCUCCGUACCCUCCUGCACCCCUCUGCACCCCUCUACACCCUCCUGCACCCCUCUCCACCCCUCUGCACCCUCCGUACCCUCCGUACCCUCCUGCACCCCUCCUGCACCCCUCUACACCCUCCUCCACCCCUCCUGCAUCCCUCUGCACCAUCCUGCACCCCUCUACACCCUCCUGCACCCUCCUCCACCCCUCUACACCCUCCUGCACCCCUCUGUACCCCUCUGCACCCUCCUGCACCCCUCUGCACCCUCCUGCACCCAUCUGCACCCUCCUGCAUCCCCCUGCACCCCUCCUGCACCCCUCUGCACCCCUCCUGCACCCCCCCUACCGCCUCCUGCACCCCUAUGCAUCCUCCUGCACCCCUUUGCACGCUCUGCACCGCCCUGCACCCCUCUGCACCCCUCUGAACCCUCCUGCACCCCUCUACACCCCUCUACACCCUCCUGCACCCCUCUGCACCCCUCUGCACCCCUCUGCACCCCUCUUCCCCCUCCUGCACCCCUAUGCAUCCUCCUGCACCCCUCUGCACCCCUCUUCCCCCUCCUGCACCCCUAUGCAUCCUCCUGCACCCCUUUGCACCCCUAUGCACCCUCCUGCACCUCCUUGCACCCCUCUCCACCCUCCUGCACCCUCAUCCACCCUCCUGCACCUCCUUGCACCCUUCCUGCACCCCUCUGCACCCCCCUCCACCCUCCUGCACCCUCCUCCACCCCUCUGCAUGCUCUGCACCGCCCUGCACCCCUCCUGCACCCUCCCUACACCCCUCUGCACCCCUCUGCACCCUCCUGCACCUCCUUGCACCCUUCCUGCACCCCUCUGCACCCUCCUCCACCCUCCUGCACCCUCCUCCACCCCUCUGCACUCCUCUACACCCCCCUGCACCCCUCUGCACCCUCCUGCACCCUCCUGCACCCCUCUCCACCCCUUGGAUGACAUCAUCCACACAGAGGUCACAUGUUUGUCUUCCUCUCUGAACUGGAAACGAGGUUUGCCAUUGCAUCCUCCUGCACCUCUCUACACCCCUUUGCACCCCUCUACACCCUCUUGCACCUCUCUGCAUCCUCCUGCACCCCUCUGCCCCACCCCUCUGCACCCCUCUGCACCCCUCUGCCACCCUCCUGCACCCCUCUGCAUCCCUCUACAUCCUCUUGCACCCCUCUACAUCCUCUUGCACCCCUCUGCACCCCUCUGCACCCUCCUGCACCCCUCUACACCCCUCUACACCCCUCUGCACCCCUCUGCACCCCCUCUGCACCCUCCUGCAUCCUCCUCCACCCCUCUGCAUCUUCCUGCACCCCUCUGCAUCUUCCUGCACCCCUCUACACCCCCUCUACACCCUCCUGCACCCUCCUGCACGCCUCUGCACCCCUCUACACCCCUCUGCAUCUUCCUGCACCCUCCUGCACCCCUCUGCAUCUUCCUGCACCCAUCUGCACCCCUCUGCAUCCUCCUGCACCCCUCUACACCCCUCUACACCCCUCUGCACCCCUCUGCACCCCUCUGCACCCUCCUGCACCCUCCUCCACCCCUCUGCACCCUCCUGCACCCCUCUACACCCUCCUGCACGCCUCUGCACCCCUCUACACCCCUCUGCAUCUUCCUGCACCCUCCUGCACCCCUCUGCAUCUUCCUGCACCCCUCUACACCCCUCUGCACCCUCCUGCACCCCUCUCCACCCUCUACACCCCUCUGCAUCUUCCUGCACCCCUCUUAG